AUGAUUCAGAUCUCUCCUAAUGCAACAAAGUAUGAAUCUUCUUCUUCAACCAUGGCACUUUCUCCAAGGCAAAUUAAACCUGUUGUUGCUGUUUCUACCAACAUCAAUAUUAAUGCUAAGGAUUCUCUUCUAGACAACACAGGAGGAACAGUUCAGAUCUCAUCUUCAAGGAAUAAUACAGGCCUUAAACGAAGGAAGAAUCAGGCAAAAAAGGUAGUUUGUAUUCCUGCACCAGCAGCUGCAAACAGUAGACAAACUGGUGAAGUUGUUCCUUCAGAUUUAUGGGCUUGGAGAAAGUAUGGUCAGAAACCCAUUAAAGGUUCACCUUAUCCAAGGGGUUAUUAUAGAUGCAGCAGUUCAAAGGGUUGUUCUGCCAGGAAACAAGUUGAGAGAAGCAGAACUGACCCAAACAUGUUAGUUAUAACCUACACUUCAGAACACAAUCAUCCAUGGCCAACACAGAGAAAUGCUUUAGCAGGUUCAACAAGAUCUCAACCAUCCAAAAACAAUACUUCCAUGAAAAAUACAGAAGCUUCAUCUCAACCACAAAAUGACACCACAACAACAACUACAAAGCCAAAAGAAGAACAUCAUCAAGAGAGUGAUGGAAAUGAUUCACCCGUUGUUAACAGUGUGAAGGAAGAGAAUAUGGAAGAUAUAGAGAAGUUGCGAAUUGAGAUGGAAGAAGGAGAUCAAUUCAAUGAUGCACUAUCUUAUAAACCUUGUUUGAUGGAAAAUAAUCAAAGUCAUGAGGAUUUUUUUGCUGAGUUAGGUGAAAUUGAAGCUGAUCCAUUAAACCUAUUGUUUAAUCAAGGGUUUAGUGGUAAUUCAAGCAAUGAUAUUAUUCAUCAGAGAGAUCAUCAAUCCAAGAGUUUAGAUGCAUUUCAUCUCUUUGACUGGUCAGGUGACAACAACAAUACCAACAACAACUCAUUUGAAGAACCAAAUAAAAGAAGGUAA